CGCAGUGCGCGCGACGCGCCGUGCUCGUGACGUUCAAAGUUCCGUGCAUUACACCAACAACAUGUGAACUGUCAAAGACCUUAAUUAAAAAAGAAUACCUGUGAACAGCUGAUCCAAUUUCGCAGACAAACUGUGACUUUAUUUAAACCUAUGAUUCGUGUGGGAACGAAGUGAUGUGAAGUGAAUGUAACAGUUUCUAUAUGACAUAUGUGAUUCGUGGUUUGUGUGUGACGAGCAUAUGGGGCAAUGCGUAUCCCGGAGCCAUCCGGGCCCGUACUCAUUCUCGCGUCAUUAUGACGCUGAGAGCCUAGGGAGUACUGUCAGCGGAGCUGUCAGAAAGGGUCACUCUGAGUCGAAGGGUGCAAAGAAACGAGAGAAGAGUGCAGGAGGGAACGGCAACGGGAAACCGAGCCGAGGAGUGGCCACCUCGUUCGGGUUCCGUCGCCGGCCGGCUAGCACCUCGCGUGCUGACGACAACACGCGCAGGAAACAGAAGGCGCACGACAAGAACGGGAAUGGAGGUUCCACGGAGGAUUUGCGUCCGGAGGAGGUCUUGUCAGGCCGGUCGACACCGCUCGCGAGACCACGCAAGGAGACCCCCGGCCAACCAUUACGUUCCACAAGGCAACAACACGCCAAAACUGCGAAGGUCGGGGACGUGAGCGUGGCUGCGGAGCAGGCCUUCGGAGCCCCACAAAAGGACAAGGAGACAGCCAUAAAUAACAAUGCAUUAGAUAAAAAGACUCCAGGGUACAAUCAGCUGCCGUUGCAGGCGACGCAGGUGUCUUCUACCGGAGUGACGACCAUCGUAGGUGCAGGCGGAGUGCCCAAGACACACACCAAACAGACCGUCAUCCUGACGUACCAGACACAACAGCUUCCCGCACAGGAUGUUCGUCCAACAAAAAGCGUGCGGAUAUCAGAGCCGGCCUCACGAGGUGCCUCCGUGCCUCGAGUCCAGCCUGAACCCCAGCGAGCCCCUGGAAAGUACACCUUCCAGACCACACAGCUACCUCGACCACAGUAUCCAGCCGUCAAGCAUAUUGAUGCUAAGGCUACUAAACAGGUGGUGAACAACACGAGGAAAUCCGGUGUUACUGACGGAUGGAGGGAAGGCGCAGCAUCAGCAGUGUCAAGUGACUCCGGGGUGUGGACUGGUGGUGAAGGUGGUGGGGAUGCUUCACCACGCAUGCGCCGACGUCCGCGAAACCUGGAGAUGGUCAUGCGAAACUCUCAUUGCUUCCAUCUAAGAGAGCUGCAAGUUUCCGACCUCGAUAUUAUGGAUGACGCUUUAAUCACAGGUCAGGCAGUGAUUCCUCUUCCAAAACUGCCAAGCACCUUCGAUGACGAGCUGACUCCAGAGUACGAAGUCACACCAGCACCCACAUACAAGCCGCCGUCUCCAAUCCUUCCGAAACCAGUGCCAGCAUCAGAAUUGUCGCAGAAACAGAACUCCCCCAUGUCAACCUUGGACCGUUAUAGAAAUAGAAACAGGCCUUCUUUGAUUCAAACAAAUCUAGAUGAGGAGAAAUUUGUUCUGGAUAGGGCACAACCUGAGAAAUUGAACAAGCAGAAUUCGUUCGUGAAGUCCUCAAGCGGAGUAGUGUCUCCAACGACAGUGAACUCGUCAAAGGAAUCCAGUCCAUCUUGCAAGAGUGAGGAGAGCCACUUUGGCAACAGCGGUGCCUGGCAGAGCCAUGCAGCUGGCGAAGCAAUGGCUACCAGAUCACAGGAUGACGUGUCCUUAGCUCUAAGUGUAUCGAGCUGUGAGGACGAUAAGUCCAAGCUUGAUAACAAGGAGCCGCCGAAGGUGGAACCAGAGAUACCUAAGAAGACGAUAGUGAUCGUUGACGAACCACCUCCUCCACAUCCUCUCCUCAUGAAAUCACUCACCAUGAGUCAGCAUGACGCACUCCGGGCGACUAUGAUGGGAUCCAUGACAAGUUCAAACUACAGUACCACAAGCACAUGCACAAACCAAAGCGGUGACCACCACAACCUAACUCUUACCCUCGAAGACUCCAAGUUUGACUUAUCGGCCCUGGAAACCUCCACGCAAAGCAUGUUGGAUGACGAAACUUCACCUGCAGACAGCCUGAUCUCCUCAACAAGUACCAGUGACUCCAAUAACGAGCUGCAGGUGGAAAGGGAUCCUCCUUCGAUAAGCUCGGCAUAUCAAACUUGUAACACCAAGACCAGGUCUCCAGAACCGAUUGUGGAACAGGAUAACAUCGAUGGAGAAGCUUUGCAACCGACUAAGGAGGUUGUGAUUGAAAUCAAGAGAGCUAGUGACGCCGGUAGUGGAGAUGGUAGCAAGAACCCGACUCCAGAAUCUCCAGGGACACCAACACAUGCCUCCGGAUCCCUCUCCCUGUCUGAUGGCCGAGAUUUCUUCGAUGAUGAGAUCGCUGACCAGCCAGCACUACUCUUUAGAAAAAACACAGACGGCAGCCCUUCAAAUAAAACGCUCGAGACGGAUACUAGCAAACAUCUGCGAAGGUCAAGAGAGCGUAUUACCUCCAGUCCGUUGGUUCAAAGGAAUCGUAAAUUGUGUGGCUUGCGGAAUGGCGGUACUGAGCGGACGCCAUCACUCGACACGCUGUCCAGCCUCGCGUCAGAUGACCUGAUGAUGGACAACGAUCUGGCGCAGUCCAUCACAAGCUUACAGAGCGUCGACGACUACAUUGAGAGGCUGGACAGUUCACUUCGCAGCGGUCUCAACUCCUUAGACGAGCGACAACUUCGUCAAGAGCUGUCAUCAUCAAAGACAGCGGUGCGGCAAUGGAGCCAGUUGCUGGAACAGAACAAUUUGCUCGACCGGCAGCUAGCCGCCAUGGCGCAAGGGAUAAACGCUUCCGACUCGCUUACCGCAAGCAACAACAGUCUUACCAACAUCGGGUAA